AUGUCUGCUCCCGUGUCAACAACACAAACCUCGACAACCGCAGCACCUCAAGUAUUGCGUCUUUCCGACCAUGACGACGAUGACAAUACCGUCAAACAAGAUUCGUCCUCCUCUGGCAAUCGCGAUCGCAAAGAUGACAAGACCAACAACGCAGUCUCCGUCCCCUGGGACAUCCCCAGCCCACCGACGUUUCAAGACCCUCACGAGUACCGUGCCCAUCUCAAGGGUAGACUCGCACUGGCCUUCCGGAUCUUUGCGAAGUACGGGUACGACGAGGGCGUCGCGGGCCACAUCACCGUCAAGGACCCGGUCGACCCGACCUGUUUCUGGGUGAACCCCUUUGGCGUGUCGUGGGCGAGGUUGCAAGCGAGUGAUUUGAUCCUCGUCAAUUCUCAAGGCACCGUCGUCGCAGGGGGUCCGGUCAGGCGUUUGAACACUGGUGCAUUCAUGAUUCAUCAUGCCGUACACACGGCCCGUCCGGAAGCGACAUGCGUCGCACACUCGCACACCAUUUACGGCAGGGCGUUUUCGGCUCUGGGUCGUAAACUCGACAUAAUCACACAAGAUUCGUGUGUCUUUUACAAUCAUCAAUCCGUUCAGUCCGACUUCACCGGCUCCGCGUUGGAACUGGGCCCGGGGCAGGCCGUCGCCGACGCCCUCGGACCGGAGAACAAGCUCGUCAUCCUCCAGAACCACGGUCUGUUGACCGUCGGGCGCACGGUCGAAUCCGCCGUGUUUUGGUUCAUGUCGGCCGAAAAGUGCUGCCAGAGUCAACUCGCCGCCGACGCCGCCGCCCGGGGACGGGACCAGGAAACCAUCAAGGUCCGGCACGAGGACGCGAAGCGCGCCUUCGAGACCGUCGGGACCGAGGACAUGGGUUGGUUCAGCGCGAUGCCCACGUUUGAUGACAUGGCGAGGGUCGCAUGA